AUGAGCUUUUCAGCCUCCUUGGCUGCGGGUGCCGCAGCAAAUCAGUGGAACCUAAAUGGUCCCGGUUCCAUCAAUUACCCUCACCUAAGAAAAAAGGGCAGUCAUCCGGCAGUGCUAAAUCUCACACCAAGUGACAGCGAAAGCCACCACCACCAUCAUCACCACCACCUGCAUCGACUUUCGCAGUUCGAAGGCUACCGUCCACCCGUGCCGACAAUCUGCCAACCACCCAACUGCUGCGGUAUCGACCGAAACCCCUCGUUGACAGGCUUCGCUCGAAUCGCUCCCCAAAAUCGACCCAGACGACACAUUAUUCUGACCACAGAACGGACCUCCGCAAAAAUGGACUAUGUCAACCAGUACUGUGAAGACGUCGCCAAUCAGCUAGAUAUUCCCAAUGCUGACCCUGCCAAUCGUCUAUCCUUACACGCCUGCAGAUCGUCGAUCCCAGGCAGUCUGGUUGCGGAUCUCAAGCGAUGGUCAGUAGCUGAGAGCCGCCGAGUGUAAGUAAUAAUUAUGUUGUUGUUAAAUUUAUUUGACAAACUGACACUUAAUCAGACGCCAUAGGACGUAAACAUUUGGAACCAGUUUCAAUUGGUGCUCGUUCCAGGACAUAAGUAAAACUUUGAGUUCUGUUAUGCAGAGAUGUAAAAACGUACCAUAGAAAAGUGUACCUACAAAGUGACAUGCAUUUAUCCACCUACACCUUCGAGCUCCUUAGGAUGAUUAUUCCUAAUGAAAAUACAAAUGCCUUCCCGAUGUUUUUUCAGAGAUCCUCUAUCCUCUUUCUUGCUUGAUGAAGUUUGAACUGGUCCCACUAGUCACGAAGUGCGGUUAUGUGAACUGAGGAAGGAAUUUGUAGGCUUUCUGAGUUUUAUGAGGUCGUUCUUUCUUCUUUAAAUCGCUUCCAGUGUCAAUAUAGUUUUUACGGCAUUGUGAGACAAAUCUGCAUCUUUCAGACGCUCCCUACCCUUGUUGCCGAUCGCUUGUGGCGAUUAACAAUGACUAAUCAUUAAACUCCAUCGUUCACUGAAAGCAGUCUCAGUUGGUCAGUUAUACACUGUUUACUUAAUCGCGGAAUAAUAACCUUAAACUAAAUAAUCCGAUUUGUCUGACUUGGUUUCUAUGACGGGUGGGCACUGGGUCUUCAAUUUUCUAAUUGCACAACUGCGUACUUUAGUUGAUUUUAGACUAAUUUUUUUAAGUACAGUAAGUUUUUUUGUUUUGUAACUUUUUACAAUUUGCCUGAAAAGCUAGAAAAUGCCGAGUUUAUACCGUAGUUUCAAUUUUGCUUGCGAUCAGAUAUCGCAAAAUCGGUGCCUUGACACCCUUUGCAUAUAUGUAUUAAGGCAUAUACAUAUAUAUGGAAGAGGCAUGGUAUUGCACUCGCGAUAUAGAUACUGGCUAAAAGCCCAAGCACGUUUUUGUCGAUAUUCGCCCGGGACGUGACACAACUUUGGGCCUCUUAAUGGGUCCGUGAGUGUUCUUUACAAGGCUUCCGGUAAAUGGACUUUAGUGAAAAAUCAAAGGAAUAAUUUCAGAAAUUAUUCAGUGCAGGACAUGGUGCUAAGUCUCUGGCGCAUGACGUUUUAGGGUCAGACACGAAAUUUCAACGAACAUUUGAGAAGAAGACUGUCAUCUCCUGUGCAUUAGCCACGUAAUGUAUAUUCUACAGACGAGCACCAUUACAGAUUUUAUGAGCUCUAUGUGGUAAAGCUAUUACACCUUACCCCCGAUAUAGGUACUUACUAAAAGCCCGGACACGUGUUUUGCUGAUAUUCUGUCGCUGGGUGACACUCAGUGGGACCUCCGAGGGUUCUCUAUGUCUUUUGAUAGUUAAGAUGGGCGCUUACCGAUCGAAUUAAGAAAUUUGUUAGUUCCAUUGCGUCCUGAGGUCCAAACAAGAAGCUUUGCAGUGACUAGUGACUAGAGGUGAAUGAGAUAGUACCGACAGGCAAGGCCGUCAUCAGCCAGUCAUACCCAACUUUAAGUAGGAUCACUUGAGGUUGAAAGCCGUGAUCUUCAGCCAUUGGGUGCUAGGGGCCCGUUAUGAUGUUGGUUGCGAUCAGGAAAGUACAUAAGAAAAUAUAAACGCUCACUGAUCGGGGUACGGGAAAUACUUGUUCCAUUGUCUCUUUGGGUUCGAACCCGAAUCCUCGAAGGCAGUCGUACAGCUACAAGUAUUAUAGGCAUAUAAGGUGGUACAGACAAUUAUGCCAAAAUCCAUAACCAAAAAUCCUUGAUUUCAAUCACAAACGGUUCGCACUUGGUGUUGAUUAUGACUAGCCGGUGACGUCAGAAAAGCCAAAAAUAGUGAUUCCGGUCUCCAUCAUUUUUGUCGGUACCACCUUGCAAAUAUAUAUAUAUAUAUAUAUUAAUUUAGUAGCUUCGUGCACGUUUAUGUUUUCAAAGCUACAUGUUUACUUGAUGACGAUCAGUUCGAGUCGCGUAACGCAUGACUGGUCAUUGAAAUAGUGUGGUGAGAACACAUCUAACGAUGCUCAUAUGCUAAUUUUUGUCCUGAUUUUGUGGAUGUGAAUCACCAUAUGGACUCAUAGCUGCCCUGCAGCAAUACGUUUUGCUCGUUGUAAUAAAACGUUGGAGCCGGUUAUGCCCUUAGAUUAUGUCAUAUUACUGGCGAGAUAUCCAGUAUAUGCACUGACUACGUCAGAUGUAAUGAAUUCUUAAUUAAUUUGCCAAUUUGUCGCAGAGAUGAUUGAUUUUUUUACUUUUAGAAGUGUCAUAAAAUAUUAUUUAUUAAAGUUUAUUUUCCUCAUCAUUCCUCUAGAAAAGUAAGGACAAAAUACGAAGAAAUGAGCAAUUCUCCAGACAUUUUAAAAUCUCAUUUUAACUUUUGAGUGAACAGUAUUCAUCCCUUGAGUAGACUCUUAGAUGACCGAUUUUGUUUUCGAAAUACCAAUCCCGAAUCUGAUGUUUGCCCUUAAGGUUGGACAAAGGAAUAGGACUUCCCGUACAUCGGCCAAGUGGUCAGAGUUAAUGUUAGAUAAAGAUAGUUAGGGUUAGGGCUUGGCCAGAUGAGUUUGAAGCAAGUAAUGGGAUAAGGAGAAAGCAAGAGGACACCCGCUCAGAACUGAGCGGGAGUUUCCUUGACUUUGCAUGCGGAAGGAUAAAAUGCGUAAAUGUAUCACAAACCGUAUAUGACUGUAAGUAAAUUUACGCACAGGCGAUCAUUCCUAUAUCCUCCUUACCACGGAGCACACAGUGUGCAUUGUCGUUCGCAACAAUCAACUUUCCUGGGAGUAUGUCUGUAUUCUCAUGUCCGAAUGUGGUUUAGCCCCCUUUUUCAGGCCAUGAGCCUUUGCACAAAAAUACCCGUUUAUAGCGAACUCAUGUUCAAACGAUGACAGUCAUGUUACCUGCCAUUAGACGGAACGCUGAAUUACGAAAAUAUUUGGCCAGGUUGAUGCAAUCAGGAACUAAAUUGAAGUGUUAGAGGGCACGGGAUGCGGAUUUCUGUUACUAUUUCAAAAUAAGUAACGACUUUUGACUGAUAUUAACUUAACCAUUAAAAAGACAGUUGGUUUCGAACACACACGGUCUGCAUAACGUUUAUUUUCUGCACGAAAACGCAACUAGGUACCCAUCUCCAGCCGGUAAAUGCUUGCCCCUGAUGAGAGAUAUUACCAUUACUGCAGACACUCGUAAAGGCUGGUUUUUUCACAGCUACCAGUAGAUGCUCUACUCUGUGGCCGAUGCAAUUUCGAACUUGCAGAGUUUUCAGUACCUUAUUUAAGUGCACAUUGGAUGAGCAUAUUUGUAAACAGCAGGCCGGCAGAGAUCGUUUUCUUCUGGCAUUGAUGAAAUACUGCCAAACCGACCAUGACAGUGAUUAACAACCAGCGGCGCGCAGCGGAGUGCAUCACCUAGGGGAUGCCGUCGUUACGUAGUCACACAUCCGUUCGAAUAAGCCGUGCCCCUACAUACGCAACUGGCGCGUGAUGAUUUGUUGCCUGCUUGUAAAAGUGGUGUUAAACACCGAGGCGCUAUUGCUGGUCACUUAAGCGAUAAUCACGCGGUUAGUCAGUACUCCGGUGUGACUGCUUAAAGCCAAGAGGCGAGUUCCAGGGAGUAGUCGCGAAGAUGGACACACGAUCGCUGGAGCAAGAGCUUUAUUAUCCUGACGUUACGGAUUCCCACUCGUGUCUCCCUCUUUGUGACUGCUGGAAUCAGUGUUUACGAACAUGCUGCUUAUAUGACUGACUGUUUUGUGCGAAAACAGCAUUAUCACUGAAUAGUAAGGAGCAGAGCACUACAUCUCAAGAGACUGAAACGGCCGUGUCGUCACGCCCUACGGUUUGCGAUCCCGGGAAAAUUCAAGUUUCAUUCUUGCACGUUGUGUCAGAAAAGCUGCGCGCUAAUGGAAGAAUGCCUGUUAAUAUAAACGAAAGAACGAUUUCCGUUGCAUGGGUUUCCGAAAUAUCUCAUUUCGCCCGAGGUUUAGAAACCUAUCCUAAGGUCAGCAUCAGAGAUAACAACGGAUUAGGUCGGCUGACAUUUGCUGGUCAUAGUAAUUGUAAAACGCAGUUGCUAAGCAGUCAACAUAAUCAACAGAAAUAAUAUUACCUGGCACUAUCAUGACUGCAGCACUGCAUCUGAGACUAGCAUCUUGUCUUAAGCGCUCUAUUAAUUUUCCUGUUUUGGAAGUGAAAAUUUAAAUUUAAGAAAAUAUUUUUUUCCUUAAGCUCACGUCCACCUUUUUAGAACGGACCUCUAUGUCAGUACUUAAAAAAAGUAGAGGAGUCAAGCAAUAAAUAAAUAUUUUUUAAAAGAUAGCCAGGUAGGAGUAAGGCUGAAUAUUAUUUUCCUAAGAUGUGUGUGAUAGUAGAGGUGUAUGCACAAAAUAAACACGAAGGCCGACUACAUCAGAGAAAAAGCAGUCCAAAAUAUAUUUCGGACAUGUGUUCAACCAACCAGAUAAGCUCCUUUAUGACGCGGUAACAAUAAUCGUCCAGACUUCCAUUUUAUUGGGCGUGCCAAAGAAGAGAUUAUCUCCGAAGGUCAUAGCGUGCGGCGUGUUUAACUUGAACAAGAAUGCAAGUGCGCACCUUCGGUCGCUCGAAAUAUCCAAAACGCAAUAAGUGAAGUAAUACACAAAAGGGCUGAAAAUCUCAAGGUUAUCAUGUUUAAAUGAGAUGGAAAUUUGAAUUCAUUUUAAGGCCAGUCAUUUUGAACGAGAUCAAUGAUAAACCGUUUGGUUAACGUCAUAAGCUGUCCGGGAAAGCAGUAUUAUAAGAAAUGUGCCUAGCUUAUAUUAAAAAUCUGUAGAUUUCUUGUUGCAUAAUCACACUUCUGACAACUGUUUACCACUUGUCAUAAGGUACUUGUACCAAGUUAACCAUUACAAGGAGGUUUAGAAGUGUUUGGACUGAUGAAAGUAUGGACUGGGUUGUAGAAGUUUGGCCUUUUGCUUGCGAUAGCAUCACACUAAUCAGGAUCCAAAUGCUCACCAUAAACCGAAACCCUACCUUAGUGCUAAGCCUCGAUAAGCUAACUUUAGUUUUAAUAAACUGUUUGAAAUCGGAACCUGUAGGCUUUGGCCAAAAAGUACAUAGAAAACGUAAUGUACACCCACGUACUAUCCUGACUUGAUUCGGAAAUAGACAAUCAGUCCACCAUAUGGGCGUUUUUAAGCCUCAAACCUUGCCGACUAAUAACCAGGGUAUGAAAAGUGUGAAUUUUCUAAAGCAUUCGUCUGUAAAUUCCCAUGUGACCCCCUGCAACAGCAAAUCAGUAAUACGCCUUAGUUAUCAACCAAAACUCGUUGAGGGAAGUAACGUAGCCAUACAAGUGAGUAAGCGAGUUUACACCCACACGCUAUCGUAAAGGAACACUAUUUUGGAUGGACAGCUUUGAAAAAAUGAUGGCUUUACCGUGCAGUCCAGAGACAAAAAAUAUUUUUUAUAUUAUAUUUCAUAAAUUAUGCGCUAUAGCCCUGUAUAUACAUCAGAAUUUCUCAUCAGGUUUUAAAGUAUAAACGGUCAACUAUUUUGGAGUUUAAAUAGAUUCAUAUAGAACGUUGAGUUGCGAAACUAACCGUUGGCAGCCAUACCUGUGCUUUCCAUAGAUUUCCAUCGAGUGGGUUUAUUCAUAUGCGAACAUGGAACAGUUAGAACAUACGAGUUCUAAGAAAAACCACUAGUUUUCUUUCCAUGCAAGUUGGUUCCUGGGAGUAGGAGACUCUGGUGGGAGGACGUGGGAGUUAGGAAAGGUCGUAUAAGUGGGAUGGGGAGAAGCGCCAUGGCCAUGAAAGACGCGGGUCUUACAUCAGAUGAUUUUGAGCCGACAACAGCAGCGGCCGUAACCCGAUGACUGUCGCUUGGUUGUUGUCGGUAAACAACCUGUUUAAGAUGUCUUCCUGGGAGUUAACUCGCUUUGUCCUCUUGAAAGGGCAUCUUGAGGAGCAGAGCUUUUUUCCUCCUUCUCAGUGAUGGGUUUUUUCGAGUCUCUCCGUAAUCUUUCAAAUGAAACUGACAGAAUACCUGUUCUCGGGAUGUGUGUCUUAGAUCUUUCUCAGCGGACGAUGGCUCUCGACCCGAAUUGUCUAACUAUUUUUGUCAAACGACUUAGAAUUGUUCGUUUCCGUUUAAACCAACCUUUCUUCCGAUAGGCGCCCUUUGAACACCAUUGUCGGAUCUUCUGCUUGGAUAGACGUUAGUUAAAGGUAGCCAACCUAAACUUUCCAACUUAUCUUCAAAUCUGACCUAAGGAUAUGCCUGAUGUACAACAUCUAAGAAGAUAGAUUAGUUAAUUUCACAAUGAUAAUCGUGAAAAUGCCAUCGACAUAGCAGACACAGUGACUGGGGCUAUUCAUCUGAUGGUUCGAUUGGGCGUUUUUCCAGUCUGUUUGUGGGAGGGAAGCAUGAAACGAUUUUGCAGCAUUGCCGCAUUCUCGUUUCCAAAAAACUGUAUAUUUGUUGUGGAUGUUGAUAAUAGUUCCAUGAUUUACUUCGUCGGUAUUCCCAUUUCUUGUUGAGAAGCCGAUUUAAUAGACUGUCUCUCUAACCGGGGUGUUUGUGGAGAUAAGGAUUUGGCAGCAUGCGUACGGGCGGCUUCGGCCUCCUCCUUCCCUCCCCCUCCUCCUCCUCCUUCCCCUCCCCAUCACCAUCGUCAUCAUAAUCGUCAUGUGUUGCGUGUAUAUGACCGAGUAUCUGGUGUACGAAGCUCUGGAAGUGUGCGUUAUGCCAGUAACAGCAAACCAUGGCCCUUGCAGCCUAGUAUGCGUUGGCAGUUCCCUGACACCAGGUUCCCUGCCAGUAGAUGCUCUUGCGCUCCCACCAGGUGGUUGGCAUGGCCGCUCAGUCAUCAUCCUCGCUCUUCUGACCCCUGUUGGAGUGUAGUUGUUGUUGUCGAAAAGUCAUGGUCACUUGCACGUUGUGGAUCACGAAGUGGGUGUCACAGUAAGGUAUGGGUUCGACCGUGCCAGCCACCGGCGCUCGCCCGCACCCCGUCUUCUUGACUCUCUCUUGACACCGGGCCCAAAUGGGGCAGAAGGAGAGUGUGCAGUAGGUGCGGCGCAAGUCAACAUUAACUGCAAACUAAUUCACGCGCAAGUCACCGCAGGCGUAAUUGUUUGACAAUUAACGUCAAUAGACCACGUCUGUGAAUUUCAAUCACUGCUACCUUGUGGUUUGCUAACUUAAGUAUUAGAACCAACAGUGCAUAAUUUGAGGACACUAAGGUUUCGAGAUAUAAACCCGGCGGAGUCAUUAUGUAAACACUUGCUAAGCCUAUUUGGAAGAAAUUUUUACAAACGAUAGUUAGAUAUUCGUUAUUAAUUACAAAUACCUUAGAUAGGAUGCUCUUUAGAUAGAAAGAACUAUCAGAAAAAAGUAUCUCUUUCCCAUCAAUAAUGGAAGCAGUCCACCAGCACAGUUUAAAAUUAUCAAAGUUCGAAACUGACCGUUUGCCUAUGCUUAAAUUUCCACUAUCCACUAUGGACGAACAAUUUCGAGGCACAUGCACUGCAGAACGUCUUGUCGACCUUCCAUAUUGUACGGAUUUGCGAACAGAUAGACUGCUGCUUCUCUGGCAGGAUUUCUUCUUUUUUACCUACUUCUUCUUAAUUAUCUAAACGGCAUGACCACUAGUUUUGCAACGUGUUUUCUUAUUAAAGGUCAGGGGAAAGUCAUUGUAGCGAGAAGUCUCCCGUGGACACACGUCCGAUGCUCCAGACGGAAGUGCAUCCAUCCGCCAAUCCCACUCCCCACCGGCCGUCCUCUCAGUGCCAACGUUCCACCAAUCCGAAAAAGAGCAGGUCAUCAGGUGGACGAAAGCACAUCAAGGGUCUUUGUUGUUCCCUCCUGAUCCUUACAAUUAUGCACUCUUGUUUGUCAUGUCCUUUACUAACAUUCUGA